AUGUCCGAACCAAAGAAUGAGUUUUGUUUGGCGGUGCCGGCGGUGCCGGCGUGGCUGGAAGCGGUGGACGAGCACAGUCUUGAUGUUUAUGCGCAUUUGGGCUUCCGGGUCGUCGAGGAGAUUCAGGUGGGGGUGGGCGAGUUCAAUCCGCGGGGGGAGUUCGAGGCAAGUGGGACGGGGAUUCCGUUAUAUGCUAUGAUGUCUGAGUAG